AUGGCACACGUCACAGGCCUCGGAGCCUUCUUUAUCAUCGUGGCCUUCCUAGUUUUAGUCGGCGGCGCAGCUUGGAUCAUAUACACACACUUCCGCGCACGCCGCCUAGGUCUUCCAACACCCACCCUCUCAUCCUACAAUCCUUUCAGUCGCGGGGAUCAAUCAUAUGGCACACCUAGCCCUGCCCGGGGAGGAGUUAUUGGAUGGUUCAAUGACAAGCUUGGAAAUUUCAAGAAUAGGAAUAAUCGCUCAGCCGGAGGAGCAUACGAGGAACCUUUGAGCAGCAAUGUGCGGGGCCGGACGAGCAACAGAGGUUUUGGUCCGCUAGAUCCGGAUGAGGCUUGGGAUGCCCGAGUAGGCACAGAGGCAGAUGCAUACGGGCCUGGAGGAUAUUACGAGGAGCAGGAGUUGGGACUACACCACGAUCGUGGCUCGAAUCUUGCGCCUACCCCCGGAUUGGCACCAUCUGGUUACGGCGAUGGGAGCCGGGGAAGAAGUUUAACUCGAGAUCCCGAACCCUACAUUGGCGGAUCGCAUGCUGGGCUUAACAAGAGAUAUGAUGAGGAGAUGGGCAAUCGACCAGCGGAGAAUCCUUUUGAUGACGCUGCAGAACCAAGCAAUGUCAGCUUAAGGGGAGUCAGUCCGCGGCCAAUUGAUACUUCGCAGGGUUCAAAAGAGCACAAAUCGAAAGAUAGCGCGGAUAGCAACAGCCCGAAUGAAAGGAGGUCGAUGUUUAGAGAGAACGUGUAG